AUGUCGACUGAGAAAAAGGCAGAGCAGCAGCUGCCAGAGACACCUGAACGUCCGUACGCUAUCGUGCGCAUUAAGCGCAAGCGGAACGAGGAGCCUCUCGAUGGCCUUGUUGUCGAUCCCGAAGCUGUCCCGAGCCGGAAACGGUCUCGUGGCGCGCUCAACUUCUUCAAGUUUGCCGAAACAGCCCGUCUGAGCACGUUAGCAAGAGAGUCGCCGAAAAAGGAGAUCCUACGCACUUCGGUCUCAGCCCCAGCAGUGGUAGAACAAGCAGUCUCUCCAGCAGUAUCAACUCCCCGCCCACAAAUUGACGAUCCUAACCGCCGGUACACUAUCGUCAAGCGAGAGAGACCUGGCACCGAGCGCGUUCAACGUCGAGUACCCACAGCACCGCCAAAGGUAUGGUCGACAAAAGAGCUACAGGCCUUGCGCGAGUCGCAAUCCAGCUUCGCAAUGUACGACGCUAUACCAUCCUCUUCCGCACUGUCUUCAAAAUCCGAAAUCGAUCCUGAGGUAGCAAAGUUCUUACCCCUGCUGCGAGAUUACCUGAAGCUGGAUGAUCCGAGCAUGGCGACGCCUCCGGGCUCCAUGUCAACUUUAUCCAGCAGCCCCAGCGUGACUCACACAAUAGAUGACAGCGACUACGUAUAUGACGUCUUCUACCAGCGCCUGACAACUCUUGCCGAGUUGUACGAACCUGGAAUGCCUGUGUGGAACAUUGGGACAUUAACUGAAAUACCUGAAGAACUCAUGCUGUAUGAUUCGGAUGAUGAUUCAGAAGUAUACGACACAGACGACGAGGAUUCAAAUGCCGAGGAUUUCUACAAGAAUGAUUACCCAGAUGGUGAACCGGACGAGAUGUCGGACGGGAGCGAAGGAAGCGGGGAUCCAGACGUCUUCCACGAAGAUUCAGACUAUGACGACAUGAUCCACGGGGAUACUUCAGACCACGAAUGGCGAUGA